GACAAUUAAAUUCGUUUGUAUCUAUCACUCUUUACUUGAAAGUUUCAAUACAUCACAUCCUUCCUCAAUAUCAAGAGACAUCAAUACAUCAAUACAUCAAAAUCAUCUCAAGCAAUCAACACAAUCUCAUCCGCCAAAAUGGCAAAUAAUCCACUCAGUCCAGAUACCAUUCUGCAUCACAUGGCAGAAGCUCUGCCUACUCAUCAAAAAGAUGAUACCGAUUCCGAUAUCAGUAGUUCAUAUGAAGCCAUCGCCCUAUUCUCCCACGCAUGUAUGAUCGCAGUUGGAUUUCGACUCGUCGGAUUUGCAGAAGGUAAAGAGAAUGAAGCCGAGCUCGCACAACUCGCUCCUAGAUUAUCCUCAAAAUGGAAUUCUUCCUUUGGAUCCCAUUCAUUCCUCUACGCUCAUUCCCAAUCCUCUAUGAAAUAUGUCAUCAAAAUCGACCGACUAGGUGGCAAGGCUGAAAUUCGAGGAAUAGGACUCGGAGAUGAGAAAAUUACCCGUCUCGAAAUCACAGCCAAAGAUUACGUUUCCUCCUCUGCUCUCCCUUUACGGAUUCCUUUCACAAAUGACCAAGAAGAUCGUUCAAAUCUCAAAUCAAAGUUGAAAGAAAUAUUUGUCUCUCCUCCUAGAAUCGCAGAUCUCGCCUCCCUCUUCAAAAUUAAUAUUAUCCAAAGACUCAUUCCAUCUUUACAAAAAGAAGGAUAUGAAGAUUCUCGACAAGGCGCAGGCGAGGGCGCAAGUGAAGCCUCCCGGGUUCGUGAUGAAAGAGAAGAAGCGCAAGCUCGACAAAAUUCUGCACCAAAUGCCACAAUGGAUCCACGUCUUCCAGUACCAGCUCGUCCAUAUCCAUAUAAUGAUCCCCUUGCCGCCCCACCAAAUCGUCCCAUCCCAGCCGGAGAUUUUCCUCCUCCUGGUUUCGAUGAUGAAUUGGAUCUUAAUCGUCUUCGACGUUCUGAUCCUCGGGUAGAUCGUUCCCCUUUCAAUAUCGGUCACGAUGAUUUGCAUCCUGCAGGUCUAGGACCCAAUGAUCCUUUCCGCGGUUCUUUUACAGGAGGGGUAGGAGCUGGGGGGCUAGGUGGAAUUGGAGGUAUGCAUCCUACAUUCGAUGAUCCUUUAUUUGCAGGACAAGGACAGAGACCAGGGGGUGGUAGAGGAUUAUUCAACCCGCAAGCUCCGCCAGGUGCAAGAUACGAUCCUUUGGGACCAGGCGAUGGACCUCAAAGAGGUGGAGGUGGAAGACCACCCAAUCCUUUUUCUGGGUAUGGUAGUGGGGAUUUCAUGUGAUUAUGGGCAAGAGAGAAAAGGGGGACUGGUAGAUAUGAUGGGGAUCAAGUCAAGGCGUUGCAAGGAAAUGCAAUGGGGGUAGUGGAAUUAAGUGACGGGAUAGAAGGUAAAGGAAUGAAAGGAAAUGAAGGAAAAUGGGAGGUAUUAUGAUUUUACGAAGUACAGAACUACAACGAACCGAACCACGCAAGCGACCACAAAUACAAUCACGACACGGCAUCACGAUAUAUCCAAUAAUAAAAUCA